AGUGUGCCCCUUUCUCCUCUCUGCUCUUCUCUUCUUCCUAAAAAAUCCACCUCAAAUCCACAACACACCUCUCUCUCUCUCUCUCUCUCUCUCUCUCUCUCUGGUCUCCAACUAUUUCCUCGAAGUAGCCAAUAAUAUUAGUUCUCUCUCUAAACCAUGGAUGAGCGUUUAUACUUGCCUCCGGGCUUUAGAUUUCAUCCCACAGAUGAAGAGAUCAUCACUCACUACCUCUCUCCGAAGUUCCUCAAUCCUAGCUUCUCUUCAGUAGCCAUUGGAGAUGUUGAUCUCAACAAGUCUGAGCCGUGGGAUCUCCCAAGCAAGGCUAAAAUGGGAGAGAAAGAGUGGUAUUUUUUCUGGCAAAGGGAUAGAAAGUACCCAACAGGGACGAGAACAAAUAGAGCUACAGAAGCUGGGUAUUGGAAAGCAACAGGCAAAGAUAAGGAGAUUUUUAAAGGGAGAGGGGUUCUUGUUGGAAUGAAGAAGACACUUGUUUUCUACAGAGGGAGAGCUCCUAGAGGAGAAAAGAGUAAUUGGGUCAUGCAUGAGUAUAGGCUUGAGGGCAAAAUUCCCUUUAACAAUCUCCCCAAGCCUUCAAAGGAAGAAUGGGUGGUGUGUAGGGUGUUCCACAAGAACGCCGCAGCCAAAAAGACCCCAAUUAUGCCUGAGUUUGCGAGAAGGAACUCCUUCGCUCAUCUCGUGGAUUACUCCUCAAAUCUACCUCCUCUCAUGGAUUCAACUACUUAUAACUUCAACUACAAAGAUGACAGCGACGUCUUCGACUUCAAAGGAAUCCUAACAAACACUGCACCAAUGAAUAACUCAAGUGCAAACAAUUACUUUGCAGGGUUCAACGAUCUCUCAACCAACUUCUCGAGCCUGAAUCAAGUGUCAAUGGUCAGCGAUGACACGGGCCUGAGCACGGAGCGAAACACGGAGAUCUCGUCGAGGCACGAGGAGGAAGAUAUAGACUUGGACAAUAUGUGGAAGUGCUGAAGAUUAAUUAGGUUCGUUUGCUUAGGUAAUAUAUAUACUUGUGAUGGAUGUAGAGUGGAAAUUUGGAUUUGUUAUACAAUUUACAGAGGAUUGAAAUAACAAGAAUAGAUGCAUAUUGUUUGUGUGGA